UAGCUUAUUAAUAACCCAACAAUGUCCAACGACAUCACAUACAUUUGCAAACGCACUGUUGUAAGCACAAAACCUGUGCAGCCUGGAAAAUUCUUCUCCUUCUCUGUCCUCGAUCGGCUUAUGGAGCAAAACAACCUAAGAAUCGUCUACUAUUAUCAAACCGGAGGAGAUGCAGGAGAGCUCGGAAAAGCGACCAAGAAGCUGAGAGAGUCUCUAUCGGAAUUGCUCACUAAUUUUCCAAUAAUGACCGGACGCUUGCAGAAGAACAGUGAAGGGCAUUGGAUGAUCAAAUGCAACGAUGCAGGAGUAAGAAUGAUAGAGGCUAAAGCCAAAGGGAGUGUGGAAGAGUGGCUGACGAGUGUGAAUAGGGAGAAAGAGCUCAAACUUGUUUAUUGGGAGGAGAUGUUCCACAAACCUCAUUUUUGGUCCACAUUUUAUGUUCAGUUGACAGAAUUUGAAGAAGGGGGACUGGCAAUUGGUUUGAGUUGCAUUCACCUCCUCGCGGAUCCCUUUUGCGCCACCAUGUUUCUCAAGGCAUGGGCCAAUCAGACCCUAAUCGGAAACAUGUUAGCUCCCCCUUUCUUCCAUCCACUGCCACCGCGAAGAGCCGGUAACAAGGACCCAACACACAAGCCCUACACUGACUUAAUCAACCACUACAAGUUCUCCAUCGAAAGACCAACCCCUUUUACCAACAAAAAGCAGGCCACUUUAGCUCUCGCAUUCAAGGACCACAUGGUGCGCGAUUGCAUGGCCAUGUCUCGAGCCAGCAGCACCGGACCUUCACCCUUCGAGGCACUAGCCGCACUGUUCUGGGUUUGUAUAAGCAAGUUAAAAGGGAAAACAAAAGGGCUUCUAAACAUGUCGGUAUGUUUAGACAUGAGAAAAGUUCUGAACUUGGACACAGGAUUCUUCGGAAACUGCAUGGUUUAUAACAAGGUUCAUGUGGGAUCUUCAAGCAAUUGCAAAAACAUGUUACAAGAAGCCGCUAAGGGUGUCGGAGAAGUUAUUCAGAAAAUGGACAUUGAGGGGAUCAUGGAUUUGAUCGAAUGGCUGAGAAAUAACGCCGACGACCAUUCUGGUCCGGUAAUGAACGGCUGGGACCUUGUGUGUGCUAAGUUGGAGGAAAUUGAACCGUAUGAGGUCAUGUUUGAAGAUGGGUUUGGACCAAUUCGGGUGUCGUAUUAUGUGGAACCGGUGUUUGGAGUGGGGCAAGUGUUGGUACUUCCGUCGCCGGCGAGUGAGGGUCCGAUGAGCAGGGUGGUGAUGGUGACACUUUCAGAGGAAGAGGUGGUUAAGUUGUGCCAAGAUGAUCUAAUUAAACGCUUCUGUCCGGCGAUUAUGAUGUUUGGUUAAUUAAGAAGAGAAUCGAGAUCGGGACAAGUGCUAGUCGGCAGACACUUUCUUGGGUUACGGAACUUAUGGUGCACAAAAUAAAAAAUGCGAAUGUAUUGGAUUCGAAAGCCCAAAAAUAGCUUUGUGGGUUCAAAUAUAUAUGGGUCUGGUUA